AUGCCGAGGCCGACGACGGGCCUGUGGCCGGCAUUGCUGGCGACUGUGCUUGCGACGGCAUGGACGGCCAAGGCUCAGGAUGGGACCGUUGGCGGCGUGUUUACGACUGCGCAUCAGGAUGUUCCGGAAUGGGCUGCGCCUAAUUCUCUGAAUCUGAUGUUGACGCCGCAGUCUGAACGGCAGCUGCCGGUCCAGUUUACCGUCAUUCCCUUGACAGCCAGCGUUGGAUUGAACGGGACGGGAACAAUUCGUGGAUCUAUCCACAUCGAGGGCCGGCUUCAAGCUGCCAAUGCUACCACCUAUACCCGACUGCAGGGAAAUGGGACUAUGGCCUUUCUGUCCUGCGAUGGCUCCACGUCCGACGGGAACAUCACCCCGGACAGGAUGCUGAGCGACCUCAUGGGGGCAUCCUUGAAAGCCAUCGUCUUAUACUCGACCGACAGAAACAUUUGUCUCAUCAACGCCGACGGCCCCUUGCCGUACACGAGCAUACUGUCCAUGGUGGACGCCGGGGAAGCCGGGAGAGUCUUGGGCUUCUUGAACGGCACCCAGGCCGUCCCUUAUGUCGCUGCUACGAUAUCUGGCAGCACGGGGCACAAAAACACCGACUCUGACUCUGGCGGUGGGGGAGGGAGCAACUCGGCCGUGGCCAUGAGCAUAUUGUAUAGUAUUACUGGUAUUAUCACCUUGCUGUUCCUGGCCAUUAUCGCUAGCGGAGCCAUCAGAGCCCAUAGGUAUCCCGAGAGGUACGGUCCUCGAGGAGGCUACGGGGGACGACCUCGCCAGAGCAGGGCAAAGGGCCUGGCUCGUGCCGUGCUGGACACCAUCCCCAUUGUCAAGUUUGGCAACCCGCAGCCCGCGAAGCCUGAUCCCGAGCUGGAGCUCGACGCUGCCACGGACGGAAAUGAUGCAGCAGCAGCAGCAGCAGCAGCAGCAGCAGCAGCCAUACCGAGAACCGGACGGGAAACUGGCAAGGAUGGACCGGAGGCCAAGACGGCGGCGGCGGCAGCGGCGGCGGCAGCCCCCGUCGACGCAUCUCCUAGACGCAGCAAUGAGCAGCAGCAUUCGUCAAGAGGCAAUGAUGCCGCAGCAACGGACUCUGCCAGAAACCAUGCGUCAGAAGACCACGGUAGCUUGGGAUGCUCCAUCUGCACAGAAGACUUUACACAUGGCGAGGAUGUAAGAGUGUUGCCGUGCAAUCAUCAGUUCCAUCCUCAUUGCGUGGACCCGUGGCUCGUCAACGUCUCGGGAACAUGCCCACUAUGUCGACUCGACCUCCGGCGCGAAGGUCAUGGUCCCAACAAGGGGUCGUUCUUGGAACACAACGAACACCCAUCACCACCCUUGCUUCUCGACGCAGCAGACAGGGAUGACGCUCAUGCCUCGCACGGCAACUGCCUCGCCCGAUUAUUCGACGUCAACCGCCUUGGACACGCAAGUGUCGAGGAGCGUCUCGAGGCCCUCCGGCAGAUGGGUGCCCAAUAUCGGCAUCACGAAACCAGAAGCCAGGCCACAGAGGCAGCCAACAGGCACCAAGCAGCCCGGCUGACGGGCAAGCUCAAGGAGAAAUUCCGCAUCCGCACCCGAGCCCAGCCCGCCGAGUGUUGA